UCAGACAUUUUAAGGUCUUUAUACAAUUGUGGGUUUUGGGUGGGACAAGAAAAUUCAAGUAAUUUUCUUUUGGUAACAUCAGUUAACGGACAACCUUGAUCUUAAACAGUUUCUUAACAGAUAAAUAUCUUUGAGUACAGAAAUUUGCAUCCUUUCCCAGCAGACAGGUAACUUCAAAAUCCAAAUUGGGCUCUAUAGCUGUCGUGAUUUUUUUCAAGAUAGUAUACACUAGUAAGGAUUUUCUGUUAGGGUAGCAAACUGUAAUAGGCACAAUGCACACUGGUGUUUGGUAAGAGAACUAUUGGUAUACUGUACAUUCAGCGGUACAGGAGCGGGUGGACACAUACUGGUCGUACUUGAAGUCUGUUCAUGUAAAGCACUCGUAUUUUUCUCACCGAAAGAUGUACGGCACUUUGGAGGAAAACAUAUGCCAAAUGAACAAAUGUAAAUUUAGGGCUAUGGUUAGUAGAGAACUGCCAUUGAAACAGCAACCCUAACAGUUGUGUGUGGAAGUGGUGUGAAUGUCAGUGGUCCCUUUCGUUAUUAUGAAUCGUUAUCAUCACUAAUAUUAAUUUUCUCUGUCAUCCCUUUGUCCAAGUGAGCACAUGGUAAGUGCUUGCAAGGGUGUGUACUCGCUUUCAUGUGAGAGAUGAAAUACUUUGGUGCAGUUAACACACCUCUCUCUUCUGGUCUUCCAAAGUCUUUAAAAAGAGAUGAAAUUAUGUAACCUCAUAUCCCUCUGAUGCCCUCUUACAUGACAUCUUUUGAGUGCUCACAGCCCAGUGCAUUUGCUGUGUACAAAGUGUCCUCAAAACACCGACGGCAGACAUGCAAGGGAAAAUGUCCACUUGGGUCUGACACGGGGCUCUGCGUUAUCCAUCUACGAAAAGCGACAUCAUUAACAACUGGAGGCGGGUUGCAUGUCCCACGUGCACCUGGCCACCCGGCACAGUAACCGAUGGACCUACUGCCACCUCUGAUGGAGCCUGACUUUGCCCGGGGCCGCACGCACACUGCCUCGCCAAAUGGGACGAGCGCACGUCCGAGCACGUCCCCACGCGCCAAGCUGCUGCUCGAGGUGCUCAUGGUGCUCAUGUGUCUGGGCGCCGUGACAGGUAACAUCCUCGUCAUCGUAAUCAUUGCUGCCACAAAGAGGUUCCACUCAGUGACAUCUGUCCUCGUCAUUAACCUGGCCAUCAGCGACCUGCUCGUGGGCGUGGGUGUCAUGCCCUUCGUGGCCAUGUCUCUCCUCAACAGCGGCUGGGUCUCCUGCAACGACCUGUGUUUGUAUGUAGGCUACACCUCCUCGGUGUACUGUACUGCCUCGGUGCUCACGCUAGCCGCCAUUGCCCUGGACCGCUACUACUCCAUCAUCGAUUGCCUGCGCUACAAGUCGCGCUGCACCGUGUGGCGGACGGGGACGGCUGUCGUCUGGAUCUGGCUGCAGGCCAUACUGACCAGCUGCCCGCCUCUGCUGGGCUGGAGCAACGUGACCUACGUGAGGCCCAUGUACAGCUGUGCCGUCAACUGGUCCAGCAGUCCGAGCUACACCACCUUCAUGGCCGCCCUCUCCUUUCUGGUUCCGGCUGCUGUCAUCCUGUUCUGCUACGUGAAGAUCGUCCGGGUGGCCCGCAGCCACGCCCGCAGGAUCCAUGACCUGGAGGGCCACCUGCAGCGCAACCGCCGAAUCCCCUCUCCCGGUGACCCUGCAGAUCAGUGCCGGGAGGCACCCACAUCCUCCGGGCUGGUGUACUCUCUGAGCGGGAGGUUGGUCUCCGAAACCCACGGGGGACUGAAUGAGUUGGGACCGGGUCUCCACAGUGACAACCCCUCUGCUGGCCCUCAGCCUGGGGGUCGUCUGCACGCCUUCUUCACGCAACUCCAAAGCAGCAGCCAGCAGCACCAGUACAGCUCGAACCCACACCAUGGCGUUGUGCGACUCCUGUUGGUCAUAUCUGCCUUCCUUCUCUGCUGGACACCGUACAUGUGCGUGGCUCUGGUGCAGGCUGUGGAGAAGGCCCUGUCCCUCCCCUCCAGCCUCAUCCCACCAUCGGCGGUCACCUUCUCCUACUGGUUGGUGCUCUUCAACUCCGACAUCAACCCGCUACUGUACGCGCUGCUCAGCCAGCGCUUCCAGGGGGCACUCAGGACCCUCCGGCGCAAGUUGCGGGCCAGCCUAGGAGGUGCCGUGUGGAGAGGGGGCAGGAGAGGAGCGGGGACUGAGGACGAAGACGGAGGCUGUCAGGACCCAUGCGCUUUAACGGUCGCGCGUUAUCGAUCUCAGCAGAGCCACGGAAGUGCGCCAACAGAAAGGACAGGCUGCCGCUGCUCCGUCUUCUCGCUGGGCUCAGACAUCCCCGACAGCUACGGGGGGCGCCUGGGCAGCGUCUUCCUCCCAGGCAGCCCCUCCUCCUCCUCCUCCCUGUGGAAGGAGGGAGGUGGCGAGUGCUCCUGUGGGAAAACUGAAUGCCUGCAGGUGCCCUCCCGUCCACAAGAGGGCGGUAGGCUUCCGUCAUCGGCGCCCACGAAGGACCGGCAGGCUACGUUCUUUUACGGCCAGAUCACCGUGAGGGUGGAGCACGAUGUGCGCUGAUGAAUGAUGCAUCAGCUCGUGAUGUGUGUUGCCCAGUCCUCUAGAAUGGAACGACACGGUACAGGUUGUGGAACGUACCAACAUCGAUCGACCCCGUGUUUUGAAACCAAGGUACAGGUUACAUUCCUUACCACAAUGAGGUCCAUUUUUACAUUUACAUUUAUUCAUUUGAC